CCCACUGUGCCGCUGCCGCUGCCGCCGUCGCGGGGUCGGGUGAGGAUUUGUUUUGCUCUCGUCGCCCCAUCUCCGUCGCCAUGAACCGGCUGUUCGGCCGAGCCAAGCCCAAGGGGCCCCCGCCCAACCUGACGGACUGCAUCGGCAGCGUUGAUGGAAGAGCAGAAUCUAUCGAUAAGAAGAUCGCCAGACUUGAUGUUGAAUUGGCCAAAUACAAAGACCAGAUGAAGAAAAUGAGAGAGGGUGGAGCAAAGAACAUGGUAAAGCAAAAAGCAAUGCGCAUUUUAAAGCAGAAGAGGAUGUAUGAGCAACAGAGGGACAACCUAAUGCAGCAGUCAUUCAAUAUGGAGCAAGCCAACUAUACCAUACAGUCAUUGAAAGACACGAAGACCACGGUGGAUGCAAUGAAAACUGGUGUCAAGGAAAUGAAGAAAGCUUACAAACAAGUCAAGAUUGAUCAGAUUGAGAACAUACAAGAUCAAUUGGAAGACAUGAUGGAAGAAGCAAAUGAUGUGCAGGAAGCCUUGAGUCGCAGUUAUGGAACACCGGAAAUUGAUGAAGAUGAUUUGGAAGCAGAACUGGAUGCACUUGGUGACGAACUUCUAGCUGAUGAAGACUCUUCCUAUUUGGACGAGGCUGCAUCUGCACCGUCUAUUCCUGAGGGUGUUCCAAGUGACGCAAAAACCAACAAGGAUGGUGUACUAGUGGACGAAUUUGGCUUGCCACAGAUCCCUGCAACUUAACUAAUGGCUCUCAAGCAAAUUUGUAAUUAAAUGAUUUUUUGUACAUAUGCCAUUUCUUGAGGUAUUAUUUCAAAUCAAAAUGUCAUGACCUUCACUGCAUUAUGGAAUGUGGCUUGGAAAACAUAUUUGAUAUCAUAACAUGGGUUUCUAUUUAAUUCCUUUAAAUAAUGUGCAAGAAAUAUCUUGUAGAAUUUACCUCUUAAAGUCUGUGUACUUUGAUUAACACGUGUACUAUUUUGCUUGCAAUGGAUACUAAGCAUGAUUAUACAAAAACUGAUUUGUGGAAAAUACGUGGGAUCGCAAUUUGCUGACGUACUUUAAUAAACUGGCUGCAGACAAAUUUUUAAGCUCUGUAAAUCUAUCUUCCUUAUUAUUACAAUAAAUAAUUAUUUUCAGACAA